UUGCUUAUGGAAGAGUGUAUCACGUGGUAUCGUUCUCUUUCCUUAAUCGCUCGAACAAGAUGUCUCACCGAAAGUUCGAGGCACCACGUCACGGUUCCCUGGGAUUUUUGCCUCGUAAGAGGUCAAAAAGACAUCGUGGUAAAGUGAAGUCUUUCCCUAAGGAUGACUCUACCGUUCCACCACAUCUUACUGCCUUCAUUGGCUUCAAAGCCGGCAUGACACACAUUCUGAGAGAAGUGGAGAAGCCUGGAUCGAAACUGCACAAGAAGGAGCAAGUCGAAGCAGUAACGAUUAUAGAGACACCACCGAUGAUGGUAGUAGGAGUAGUGGGUUAUAUUGAAACCCCACGUGGUAUGAGGGUUCUGAAGACCGUCUGGGCUGAGCAUCUCAGUGAAGAAUGCAAGCGCCGAUUUUACAAGAACUGGUGCAGAUCCAAGAAGAAGGCAUUCACCAAAUCUAGCAAGAAAUGGGGAGAUGAAGAAGGCAAGAAAAGCAUUGAAGAAGACUUUGAAACCAUGAAGAAGUACUGCAAGGUUAUCAGAGUCAUCUGUCAUACUCAGCAAAAACUUGUGAAAUUGACACAGAAGAAAGCCCACAUCAUAGAGAUCCAAGUUAACGGUGGCAAGGAUAUUGCAGAGAAGGUCGACUGGUGUAAAGAACGCCUUGAAAAUCCUGCCCCUGUCCGCAAGGUGUUUGCUCAAAAUGAAAUGAUAGAUGUGAUUGGGGUGACCAAAGGCCAUGGCUUCAAGGGUGUGACAUACCGUUGGGGUACUAAGAAGCUUCCUCGCAAGACACACAAGGGUCUGCGCAAGGUUGCUUGUAUUGGUGCUUGGCAUCCUGCCCGUGUUUCCUACUCUGUUGCCCGUGCUGGUCAGUGUGGUUACCAUCACAGGACUGAAUUGAACAAGAAGAUCUACCGUAUUGGUCAAGGUAUUCACACCAAGGAUGGCAAGGUCAUCAAGAACAAUGCUUCAACUGAAUAUGAUCUUACUGACAAGAGCAUCACACCCAUGGGUGCAUUCCCACACUACGGUAAUGUUAAUGAAGACUUCAUCAUGGUCAAGGGAUGUGUUGUUGGACCUAAGAAGAGAGUCCUGACCCUUCGUAAGUCUCUCCUGGUUCAAACAAAGAGGUCAGCCCUAGAGAAGAUAACUCUGAAGUUUAUCGAUACAUCAUCCAAGUUUGGUCAUGGACGCUUCCAGCACCCUGGUGAAAAGAGAGCCUUCAUGGGCCUUUUGAAGAAAGACCAUGAGAAGGAAUUGACUGCUGGUGCUGAAUAAUCUGUACCAAUGCAUCAAACAAAUAAAGAUAUCUUGUUAAAAACAAA